GUCUAUGGUUUUUUGAACUUUAUGAAACUUAUUUAUUCCCCUUAAAUUGUUAUUUACUAUUGGUUACGGUUUUUACAUUUUUGGCAUUUCAACAUAAAAAUAAUUUAUUCAUACGAAAAAAAUAUAGAAAUCAAAAGUUUCUGUAGAUCAUCUAUAUUUGAAAUUUACGCCGAAAAUUGAACGUGACGUUCAGGAAUUGUGAUCAAAAUCUCUGGAUCUAUUUGAUCCAGGAUCAUAGUUUUCGAAAACCAUAGAGAUAUUACAGGUUAGGAUACUUUUAAAAACCAUAGAGUUCAAAAUAAGUAUAUUUUAUUUCAUGCUUUUGUUGUAUUUAGUACCAGAUAAAUCGAAACAAGGUUAUUAGUCAGACUCACAACGUUUACAAAUAUUGAGUUAGUUUCAAUAAACUAAAGUGAGGAUAAGACUAAUGUUGUCCAACAAAAGAAAUAUUUCUCAUACAUUAAUACCAAAUUAUGGUCUAAAGUUGAAAUUAGACCAUGUUUACCCGGAAAAAAGGAAUCAACAUUAUAUUCCAAGUUUUAGGGUUAUUUGGAGUAUGAUACCAUUGAUUCUAAGAUAUAUUUUGUUUUAUAUAAAAUCAAAAUGGAAAGGGCAAAGACUAUUUAUCGAUAGUUUUUCACCCAGGACACCAGAACAAAUUUAUGGUGUGCCUAUCGGUGGAAUUGGUAGCGGUACAAUAGGAAGGGGAUUCAAAGGAGAAUUUUGUCGAUUUCAACUACGUCCAGGUAUAUAUGAAUGGAAUACAGUUGAUGCCAACCAAUUUAUCAUUACAAUAAAGAAUGAAGAAAAUGUUACUACAUUCCAGAGUUUGCUAUCAACCUAUAGGAAAUCCAGUCUCUCUAGUUGGGAAAGUCAGUUGGAUGCCAGUAAAUGUACAUAUACCGGUUUAUACCCAAGAGCAUGGACAGAGUAUGAUUUAUCUAAAUAUGGUAUAAAACUUACUUGCAGACAAAUUAGUCCUGUAAUACCCCAUGACUAUAAAAAUAGCGCAUUACCUUGUGCCGUGUUUGUAUGGAAUAUUGAAAAUAUUUCUGCUGAUUACAAAACGGUGACCAUCGCCUUUACAUUCAAAAAUGGAACCGGAAGCAAAAAUGAUACAAAUGGUGCUUGUAGUUCGAAAGCCUUCUCUUAUGAAAAUUCCGAAGGAGUUGUUCUAUAUCAUAAAAUCGACAAUAUGCCGUGUGCUUAUGCACUUGCCGCAAAAACUCGAGAUGAUUUGUCAGUUACGAAGUGCUUGUAUUUCAAUCCAAAAUCAAAUGGUUUUGACGUAUGGAAGCAACUCAAAGAUAAUGGCGAAUUUGAUAAAACCAACACUUCAGUUACUGAAAAUGUUUACGGUGAAAUGGCAUGUGGAAUAGCGGCCAAAAUACGUAUUGGUCCUAGAGAAUGUCAAGAAGUUGAAAUGAGCCUUGUUUGGGAUAUACCUACAAUUAAUUUCCCAUUAAGACAAAAAAUCUACUCGAAGUUUUAUACAAAGUAUUUUGGAAAAGAAAAUGCCAUAUUGAAAAUAAUAUCUUACUCAUUUAAUAAUUAUUCUUCAUGGGAAGAAGCCAUUUAUAAUUGGCAGGAACCGGUAUUAGAAGACAGCAAAUUGCCCGAUUGGUAUAAAGGAGCUUUGUUUAAUGAAACUUACUUUAUUAGUGAUGGAGGAACUUUGUGGCUUUUGGUGGAUGACGAAGAAGCAAAAAUGUAUUCUAAAAAUGACCCUAGAAUCACAUAUGGUCGUUUUGCGUAUUUGGAAGGACAAGAAUAUAUUAUGUACAAUUCGUACGACGUUCACUUUUAUGCUUCUCAUGCCCUACACAAAAAUUGGCCCUUUUUACAAAAAUGCUUACAAUAUGAUUUGAAAGAUUUCAUUUCUCUUGAAAUAAAACAAUACAGCGAUGAAUUAUACAACGGACAUAAGAUCGAAAGGAAAUAUCGAAAUUCCGUACCUCACGAUGCUGGAAAUCCUGGUGAAGAACCAUUCAAACUCAUCAAUGCUUAUCCUGUUCACGACGUGAGUAAAUGGAGAGAUCUUAAUUCAAAAUUCAUUUUGCAAACGUUUCGUGAUGCUUAUUCUUCAUACGAAACACCCGAUAUGGAUUACCUAAAUGAUAUGUAUGAUUCUUGUUAUUCAAUUAUACAAAUAUGGAUUGAAAAUGAUAUUGAUGAAGAUGGUUUAAUUGAAAAUGGUGGCAUUCCAGACCAGACGUAUGAUUCGUGGAAUAUGACUGGAGUAAGUGCUUAUUGUGGAGGUUUAUGGUUAGCUGCUUUACAAGCAAUGAUGACAAUGGCGGAUCAACUAGGAAAGGGUAACCAUAAAAAGGUUUUUGAAAAUAUUUUAAACAAGGCGAAACCAGCUUAUCAACGAAAAUUAUGGAACGGUAGUUAUUAUAACUUUGAUUGCUCCAAAGAGCAGUACAAAUCUAUAAUGGCCGACCAAUUAUGUGGUCAUUGGUAUUUAAGGUGUGCGGGAAUGAAAGAUUAUGAAGUGUUUCCUAAGGAAAAUGUGGAAAUUACCUUAAACAGUAUUUUCAAAAAUAAUGUUCAAUUGUUUUGUAAUGGGACCAUGGGUGCUGUGAAUGGUACUGUAGAUGGUAAUGUCGAUAACUGUACCGUUCAAAGUGUAGAAGUUUGGACGGGAGUAACUUACGCUCUUGCUUCGACAAUGAUUUCAGAGGGUAUGAUAGAAGAAGGUUUUCAAACAGCUGGAGGGAUGUAUAACUCUAUGGUAUAUAAAUUAGGAUUAGCCUUCGACACUCCAGAAGCUCUCUAUGCUGAAAAAUACAUGAGAGCAGUUGCUUACAUGAGACCUCUAAGUAUUUGGUCCAUGCAAAUAGCUUGGGAAAAUUCCAACAAAUCAUUAAAUGACAAAUAAUUGGAGUUAUGUUAAUAUUUAUCUUAGUAUUAACUUUAUAUUAUAUAAAACUUAAAACUGCUAGUCAAUCUCUGUAUAAUUCUAAAAACUUUUUAUUUGUAUUUUGAUAACCUCAUUUCCUCAAGUGCGGUUAUCAAAUUAUUUAUCAAAAUAAAAAUAGUGGCAUGAAUUGGUUGAAAUUCAAAUUAUUAAUUAUAUUAUUUUGAUAUCUACUUCAUGUCAUUUCUUUACUUAAAGCUGGCAUGGAAGUAUCGAAAAACAUUAUAUGAAAUACGCAAGAAUAAAUAUUGACAAGUGAAGAAUCUCUUUAGUUAAGGAAUAAAAGAAAAUAAAAGGCAAAUACACUCUCAAAAAAAUGAAGACACAUACUAAAAAAAAUUACUUUGAUACUACUAAAUCCGAAAAUAUUCCACAGUGAGAAGCUAUACCAUCUCACUGGUUUCCUUACUAUUACUUCAAGAAGUACCUGAUGGAAAUAUGGCUAGUCCAUGGGUUGGCAACGAUUGGAGGCAAUUUACUUUUAUACAAAGUUGCAUCCAAAAUGAAUUGUGGGGCCCAAUAUUUAGAAAAAUCUUACUUUCUUUGCAAUCUCUUAACCUAAAAAUACCAAAUUUGGUACACUGAAUGAGACUUACGGGCAUUAAGUAAUGGUAAGUAGAAGGCGAUCGAAUCAUUCUGGAGGAUUAGUUAGGGGUGAACCAACAUGAAAAUUUGUUUUUUAUGUCAGUUGAUUAAAUAAUAGUUUAUUUUCAUACUCUGGAUAAAUUGGUUCUAAAACUUUUUCUACAACUUUAUCAUUUUCAAGGAAAAUUCGAAUAACCAAAGACAUAUUUUCAACAAUAUUAUUCAAAAAGCAGGUUUUUGUGAAGGAAAUUAUAGAGAUGCAUGGAAGAAUAUCGGAGGAAGUUUCCCAAUCUAUUCUUUGAGUCAUUGGUAUGCAAUCUAAUAUCAAAUUUGUGUUGUUUAAUAAUAAUUGAGCUAAAAGUUUGUUUAUGGUACUUCUGGCAUCAAUAAUC